AACCUCUUCCUCUUCUUCUUCCUUGUCUCUCUCAACUUUUUCUCAUACGCUAUAAGGAGAAAUCUCAGAGAGAAGAGAGAGUGAUGGCGAGUAAUGAGGAAGAGAUGCAAUGUGGGUCAAUGUUGUUCAAGCAAGAGGAGCUACAAGAGAUGAGUGGGGUCAAUGUUGGUGGCGAUUACGUUGAGGUCAUGUGUGGUUGUACCAGUCACCGAUACGGCGAUGCUGUUGCUAGACUUAGGGUUUUCCCCACCGGUGACCUUGAAAUCACCUGCGAAUGCACACCUGGUUGCGAUGAAGACAAGUUGACACCAGCUGCAUUCGAGAAGCAUUCUGGAAGAGAAACAGCUAGGAAGUGGAAAAACAAUGUGUGGGUUAUCAUUGGUGGCGAAAAGGUUCCAUUGUCAAAGACAGUAUUGCUCAAAUACUACAAUGAAUCAUCAAAGAAGUGCAGUAGAUCAAACAGAUCACAGGGAGCCAAAGUUUGCCAUAGAGAUGAGUUUGUUGGGUGUAACGAAUGUGGUAGAGAGAGGAGGUUCAGGUUGAGGAGCAGAGACGAAUGCCGCUUGCACCACAAUGCAAUGGCUGAUCCAAACUGGAAAUGCUCAGAUUUCCCAUACGACAAGAUAACAUGUGAGGAGGAAGAAGAGAGAGGAAGCAGGAAGGUGUACAGAGGCUGCACACGUUCACCUAGUUGCAAAGGCUGCACUUCCUGCGUCUGUUUUGGCUGCGAGUUAUGCCGUUUCUCUGAGUGUACUUGCCAGACUUGUGUCGACUUCACCAGCAAUGUGAAAGCUUGAAGAAGGCAUCCACUAAGAAAGAAAAAAAUGUCUGUCUCAGACUUUGUUCGGUGCAUUUAAUAACUUUAUUCUAAAAUU